AUGGAUAGGUGUCAGCAGGCCGAGACACAUGUACAGUUGUCAGAAGGGUCUACUUCAAGGAAAAGCGCCCUAAAGAUGAUGUGCCAGGGGAUCCGAGAGGCUGAGUAUUAUAGGACAUUAUACUUUACUAAUGUUCCUCCUGAGCGGAGGGCUCCAGGAUUUUCACAGCUGAGCAGGAGAUCGGGACAGAGCCAGACUAAGAGUCGAGGAGUGACAGGGCCACUUCAGAGAGCUCCCCUAGGUGGGGACUCUGGUACAGGGGUACUAGCUAGUGCUACUCUACCUACAGCAUCAGGACAGAGUUCUGCUUCGCGUCCGAGUGGCAUGGCUGCUUUCACUCUGCAAGGUAACAAGUGCAGCUUAAAAACUUCGAAAAUAGGAGCUCAGAAAUUCCAUCCUGACCAUGCUUUCCUACAAACUUGGGACAAAGAUAUAUUCCUUGAAUCUUUCACGGAUUUCUCAUUGGAAGGAAGCGAUGGAGGAAUUUUGAGGGCACAUAAGGCCAUUCUGGCAGGGAAGUCCAAAGUUUUCAAGACAAUGUUGAGGGCAGGAAUGUCUGAGUCUGCGAGCGGUAAAGUGAAAAUAUCAGACAUGACAGCUGGAGAAUUGCGUCCGUUCGUUAAUUUUCUGUAUACAGGCAGAGUAAAUCAAAGAAACUUGGAAUGUCAUGGCGUUGCACUUUACAGGGCUUCUCAUAAGUAUGAUCUGCCUCUUUUGACGGCUAUAUGUGAGCGUUUUCUUCAAUUUAAUGUUUUUCGAGAUGUUCGUGGAGUUUUUGAGCUUGCUGUAAAUUAUGGAGUGGAGAAAUUUCAGGAAGCUGUGUUGCCUUUUAUUUUCAGCGAAGGUUUCGUUGAAAGCAACCCGCCCCCUUUAGUGUUGAAAACGGUGAGAGCGGCUUCCAAGUUCGAAUGCUUUACCGAUUACCGAAAGAAGAAUUUAAAAGUCGUACCUUUUCUUAUGGAGCUCGCAUAUUACCGAAUUGCAGAUUAUCUUGAUGAUCCACAUAAGGGGGUGGAAGAACAAAACAAAAUGUUAUUGUUUGAUGCUGGACCUUCAACAUCAACACCUUGCAGCAGUGGUCGCCGACGAACUUUCACCCAGAAGUUGACAUCAAAUACUCCUCCUGAUGUUCGUGCCACAUUGGACCCUGGUGUUGCUGCAACAGUAGCAAGUUUUGCUCCUUUGACAGAGGGGCUUGUGACUCCAAAUCAUGAACGUGCCCCUGUUGUGGAUGAACAUCAUGAUAUAUUUAUGGAGGUUAAGAGUAGUCUAGAGAGGAGGAUGAGUGAGCACAUUCUAAAGACACCGACAUCAUAUGCAUCUCCAUCUAGUCAACACUCAAAGGUAGCUCGCGAUCUAUUUCCUUCGCCUAGCGGGAAAUGAAUAGAUUAGGGUCUUUUGUUGCAUGCAUAUGUGGUUUUUUUGAACUUAUGUUUUGUAUUAUGUAUAUGUGACAUUUUAGGUCCAUAUGGCUUUUUUGCAAGCCCAUAUGACUUUAUUGGAUAUAUUUUAUACUUUUAUCGACAUAUAACGUUGUAUGGCUUUAUGGUUGUUUGGAUAAUGUACCAUUAUCCAUAUUUUCACUAUAAACGAUUAAUUGAAUAAAUAAAUAAUUACACAAAGUUCAUUGGUAGUAA